AUGCCCUAUGAGGAGCUGGAGAUGUUUAGCCUGCAGAAGGGACAGGCUCAGGCAAUGAAGGGUGUCACCAAAGCCAUGGCCACUAUGAACAGACAGCUCAAGUUGCCCCAGAUCCAGAAGAUUAUGAUGGAAUUUGAGAAGCAGUCAGAGAUCAUGGACAUGAAGGAGGAGAUGAUGAAUGAUGCCAUUGAUGAUGCCAUGGGAGAUGAGGAAGAUGAAGAGGAAAGUGAUGCUGUUGUAUCCCAGGUGCUAGAUGAGCUAGGCUUGACGUUGACUGAUGAAUUAUUGAAUCUGCCUUCAACUGCCGGUUCUCUGAGUGUGGCAGGAGCAAAGAAAGCCGAGAGCCAGGCAGCUCUUGCCGAUGCUAAUGCAGAUUUGGAGGAGCAGCUAAAGAACCUGCGGCGGGACUAAAAGCGAAGAAACCAAGCUCUCCCCUCUCCAGCGUGGUCUGGGCCUAAAGAACCUCCUGACUUUAGGACAACCUCUUCCGUGUCAAAGGGGUAGAGUUGUGCACACUUGUGGGGAGUCGCUGUGGGCAGAAUGAGGGGUUUGUUUAAAUGGAACUGUGUACUGCUUUAACUCCUCCUUUUCCUUUUAUAAGGACUUUUGGCAUCACCCGGUGAGGUUGUCGGGGGUAAGGGUUUUUCUUUUCUUCAUUUCCUGUUCCUUGUAAAUGGCUCCUUUCCACAAACUUGAGUGGUUUGGAGAUUCGUCUAAGUUCUCUUCUAAAUGGAGGAUGACAUAAUCU